AUGGCUAACAAUUACUCGCAACCCUACUAUGGCUUUUCCAAUGCCUAUGCGCCCCCGCAAAUGCAUCCGCCUGGCCAACAGCCAGAGGACAAGCGCGGGCCUCACCAUGUGCAGCAGCUUCCUGGCAUCAACCUAAACUCACAUGCUCACAACAACCAGCAACCGCCUUUUGCAGCACCUGCCUGGCCACCGCAACUGCCUCCCGAUGCAAAUUUCUGGUCCCUCUUCCAGGGUGGCACCUUCCCUCCGCCCAACUUCCCCCCACCGCCCUUUCCCGGCAUGUCCUUCCCUCCAUCGUCGCUGUCUCACAUCCCGCACAAUACUGCAUUUGCCCCUCCGCCGCUUCCUCUCACUCCACAGCACAUGCCCAUGCCGCCGCAGUUGCCUCGCCCGUUACCCCAUCCCGCCGCGCAAGCGCCAGCAAUCACCAAUAACCGCAUCCAAGACAUCAUGGACAGCGACAAGGAAGAUGGAGAGUUGAGUGAAGCCGACGUUGCAUCAAAGCUGCCCAAAGCCGCCGUUCAAGACGCACCGCCACGCGAGAGCCUUCCGACACCACAAGAGCAGUUGCGACAGGAUCGAGAGGCGGCGAAACAAUUCAUCAAACUUCUGCACAGUAACAAUGUCCCCUACCGCACUCUAGCCGAGGAACAGCUUGAUCCCGAGCUGCUAAGGGGCCUGUACCAGAGCUUGAAUCUACCAUCCGAGCCUGCGCCCAUUCUACCGCCCAAACCCCAAAGCGCGGCUUCCAAUGCGCCAGCUGUUAAGCCCGUAGCCCCCGCGCAACAGAACAAGUUGCCAGCAGUCAAGACCAAUGUCGUGCUUGCACCGUCCGCCAAGGCAGUUGCCUCACCCACCACUCCAGUCGACCGCAAAGACUACGUAAAGCGUCUCCAGGCCGCCAAGGCAGCAGCAAAACAAGCCGGGUCUGCCAAACCGAUCAGUCCGUCACAGCACACACUGCCAGCCAAGCCCAUCACUCCGGCACCAACGACGACGACGCCCCAACCUGCGGCUACCCCAACUGCCAAACCUCCCGUCACCGACGAGCAAAGGGCCCGCAACACGGAACUGAUCAAGCAGCGAUUGGAGGCCAUCAAGGCCCGACAAAAGCCAACAGGUACAGUCAACAACAAUGCUGCUCCACCCGCUAUCCCUUCCACACCUAUAGGACAAACCCAGACCACGCAAGCAGCUGCGACUCCCACAGCCGCAUCCACGGGUCAAAAUCACACACCCUCAUUUUCUGGAAUCCCUGGUCUGUUCAUGAACACUCCUCCGGUUCAUGAUGCUCCCGUUGCUAUCACAUCCCGUCCCGCAGCUUCUGCACCCCAAACGCGACCUGCCCCGGACACCACCAAGGCAUCGAUUCCGCAAGCUCCUGUUACACCCCACAAUCGCUCUAUAGGCCAAUCUCAAUAUGAUCAGCAAGAUGACGAAUCAAUGAUCAUCGAGGUUAGCGAGGACGAGUCCAAUGGCAGUGACAUGGAUAUUGAAGACGAUCAGCCAGCUCCUAAAAGUGUACAAACGCCUCAUCGGCCUAUGGGCAGUCUUCCCUCCCGCGCAGCAUCUGCCAUUCCUGCUCCUUCGACUGUCGGCACACCUGGUGCGCAGACACCUUCGACCGUUGCGCGCGAGAAGGAACUGGUGGAUAAGGAGAAGCAGCUUGUAGCCAUGCGGGAGACAUUAAAGAAAAAGCUUGCCGAGAAGCGGGAGAGAGAUAGGACUGCUGCGGCUGCUGCUGCUUCUGCCGUAACAACCCCGUCCUCCCUCCCACAGCCUUUGACUCCGGUAUUGCCUCCUCAAAUCGCCACUCCGACCAAGCUACCGACCCCGAUAAUGGACUCUGCUCCAGUCAACUCUCGUGAGCCGCCUGUCGAUGCAGAUUGCUCGAAGACCACUCCUGCCAAGUAUACUGCACAAAUCCGCCGAGCUGAAAUACAGUCUAAACUGCCCACCCUGGAUGCUGAGAUUGCAAGCAAUGCAAAUCGAAUGGCCCAACUAAUGAGGGAGAUGGAGCAGCUGACCGCAGAGAAUGAGAGGAUUGCAAAAGAUAAAGCGCAGUUGACAAAAGAGUUGGAGGGCCUGGGUGUCGACACUGAGGGAAUGUCCCAUGCAGAACUCCGUGCUAAGAAAGAUGAGAUUGAGCGUGAACAACCUUCGGAACCCAACCAUCCACUCCAAGAACCCCAUCCAACCCCACUGCCAGCUUCUAGCGAAGCGCCUCAGCCCCAGGAGCCAACAGCACCAGCAUCUCGAUUUUCAACUCAAACAGUCAAUAAGACAUUGGAUGUGGGCUCCGCCCCUGAGACAAGCGUCAAGUCGGUGCAAUAUCAAAGCCUAUCAGAAGCACGGCAAGUACCCCGUAUGGAUACUGCGAUACCCGGUAUACAGAGCUUGGCCACUGCGCCUGAAAAGAAUGCGAGUGAGGAUAGUUCUAGUCCUGCACCUCCAGCUGGAAUGGACCUUGGGAUUGGAGAAGUACAGGGAAAGGCUGACGGUCCCCAAAGAUCACUGACAGCCCAAACUGCUACUACCACUUCCUCUGAAGAAGAGGGUGAGAUCGAAAUGUCUGUUUCCGAAGACGAAGAAGAUGAUGAAGAUUACGAGCCGGAAUACGAUCCUGAAGAACACGCAGUCGUUACGGAUAUCCCCACACAACAUGCUCAGACCAUCAGGUCCUCUAUUCCUACGUCACAUACCCCUACAGAAGAAGAAGAAGCAUAUGAGCCACCUGAUAUCGAUCAAGAGAUGUCGGACGUUCGAAACGAGGAGGCAAACGAUGCAUCCCAUGCAGACCAGACAGAACCCGAUGACGGUGCGAUGGAUAUUGCUACCUCGUCUGACGAUAGCUUCGAUGACUCUGAUUCAGAUUCAGACUCUGAUGAAGAAUCGACUGAGGAGCCAGCAGCUGAGACUUCUAUUCAAGCAAACAACAUGACGCACCAGGGUACUAACAUUGCUGAUGACCUAGCGCCCGAACUACAGUCAGAGAACAAGUCGGCGGCUGUUGCUGUGGAACCUACGCCUGUGGCUGUUAACGAGGACGAACCAGUUAGAUUCACUCCGUACGAGAGUCCACUGCGAAUGUUCAAGUCAUACCGCUAUCAUCCCAGUUAUGCACAAGACAUUUCUGGUGGCUUCCUGUCCAUGACCUUCAGUCAUCAGAUAGACCCAGAGAAGCCAUUCUGUCAGUACGAAUCGGCGGGUGGCUCAUGCAACGACCCUGAAUGCCCCGAUCAGCACUUCAGGGAAGCUGCCAUCACUGGUGACAAGCUGCUGGUCCAGCUCGGAACAGCAAAUCCCGGCAAGACUUCCGAGGAGAAGCAGAGGUGGAACGAUGGUCUUCGCGGUGUGCUCAAGGAGCUCCGCCAAAAGAACAUCAAAGAUCCCAACGGCAUCGCCGCCGAGAUUGCGCGCUACAGACGCCAGUUCCUCAACGAUGACACACGUGUCGUCAACUUGUGA